UUUAUAAUCGUGCGCAUAUGGAAGCGCGAAAUCUGCCUAUAUAACAGUCAGUGCACCAACUAGCCAUUUUACAUGACGAACUCAUCUAAUCGCGAGCUAGUAGUAUUAAACAGCAUCUUCUGGUUUGUGUGUGUCCUUGCUCGUCAACCUCAAACAAGCAUAACCUUGCGCGUUUCAUUUUCCAGUAAGUCCAAGUGGCCUGUACCAAACUGAGAAUGUGGGCAAAUCACCAUAAUCACACUCUAGCUUUACUUGUUUCGCCUCUGAUAUUGUAUGUCAUCUUCAAACAACGAACCAGUACGAAGUGCUGGUUCUGCGUGCGUGCAGCAGGGAGCAUCACAGCCAGCAGCCCAGCCUUCUGCAGCAGCAGUACCCUCCUUGGCCCUUGCUAAGGAGCUCCCAGUUGCCGACCCCCUUCCAGAAGGUUCCGGCGGUAACCCAUUCCCGUGCUCAAUCUCAACGGGUAUUUCGAACGUAGAGCCACUGCCCGAAGCCCCAAGGAGUGGUGCUGUCUCCACCUGUGUGCAGCAGGUAGCUGCACAGCUGGCAAGUGACGUCUCUUUGGAGAUGCCUGAAGAGGCGGUGGAAGACCCAUGCACUCAAGACUCCAUAAAAGAAAUGGAGAAGGAUGCCGCUGUCGGCCUAAUCAUGAUGGCUGGGAAUCCUGAGGUGUCCAAGCUGCGUGACCUGCAGAUGGCCAAAAUGCAGCAGGUCAUUCUUGAUCUGCAAGCAGACAAACAACGUCUCGAAAGGCAGGUUUGCCACCUGCAAGCCAGGCAGCUUAGUCUCAACACUAUCCAGGAGCCUAAGAACUGUUUAUAUUAUACUGGGCUGCCUGACCAAGAUGACCUACUGGUUAGGUAA